GACCAAUCAGAGCGCGUCCUACGAGCACAACAACAAGAUAUUUAAAACUCCGCACGCACUCACGCGCUCUGCACUCAUUCAUCGCGCUUCUCGCGUUUCUUUUUCAUUCCCGCUGAAAUCUGCGUUUCUUUGCGACUCAUCAGUUGUGACGUAUGGAGCUGACAGAGAUGAAUGAUAGCUGUGCAGGAACACUCCGAGGUUCUACCGUCCUGGAAGAUGAGUGUGAUCUCAAACAAACGCCCACACACUCACACCCACAGCGUACAGAUGUUCCAAUGGUGUUUGUGUGGAGAAACGUGGUGCUGAUGAGUGUCCUUCACGCUUCGGCUGUGUACGCCCUUUUCCUCAUCCCUUCUGCUUCUGCAUACACACUGCUGUGGACUGUGUUUUGCUUUGUGUUCAGUGCACUGGGUAUAACUGCAGGAGCACACAGAUUGUGGAGUCACAGAUCAUAUAAAGCCUCUCUCCCUUUACGAAUCUUUCUCGCUGUUGCAAACUCCAUGGCCUUCCAGAAUGAUAUUUACGAGUGGUCCCGAGACCACCGUGUCCACCAUAAGUUUUCAGAGACAGACUCAGAUCCCCAUAACGCCUCUCGUGGAUUCUUCUUCUCUCACAUUGGCUGGCUGCUAGUGAGGAAACACCCCAAUGUCAUCAAGGACGGACAAAAACUGGACCUCAGUGACCUGAAGAAUGACAGAGUCGUCAUGUUCCAGAAAAGGUACUAUAAACAGUCUGUACUAGUGAUGUGCUUCCUGGUCCCAGCGAUGCUGCCAUGGUUCCUGUGGGAGGAGUCUCUGUGGAUUGCCUUUUUUGUACCUGGACUCCUCAGGUACACGCUGGUGCUAAAUGCCACCUGGUUAGUGAACAGUGCUGCCCACAUGUGGGGAAACCGGCCAUACGAUGCGAACAUCAACCCAAGGGAGAACCGUUUUGUCACCUUCAGUGCCAUUGGUGAAGGAUUUCAUAAUUACCAUCACACCUUCCCGUAUGAUUACGCCACCAGUGAGUUUGGCUGUAAGCUGAACCUUACCACCUGCUUCAUUGACCUCAUGCAUGUGGUGGGUUUGGCUAAAGACCGCCGCCGUGUCCCCACUGAACUUGUCAUGGCUCGUGCCAAACGCACCGGGGACGGAAGCCACAGGAACGGAUAAUGUGUUGCAGUGAUGUUCCUCUGAUCAUCUCUGGAUGAAGAUAAGACCUGGCGUAGUCACGCUGUACCAGGGGAAAAGAGAAUCACAUCAGAAGCUUUAAAUUCCCCCUUGCUGAAUAACAUGUUUUGUACAUUAAAAUUAGCUGAAUAUUG